AUGGAAUUAUCUGCACGUUAUAUGAUCAUAAAUACUUAUUUUAUGUUAUUUAAUCGUGGUCUUACUAAAAGAAAUAUAGAAAGAGAGUUGGAAUUUUGUGGAAAAGACGAACGACUUCGACGAUUUCUUAAACGAAUAAUAUCAUAUAUCAAUAUCAUGGCUGCUGCUUUACCUGAUGCACUCACUGAUUCAUCAUUGCUUUCCAUCAUGGAUGAAUGGUGGUGUCCUGUAUGCUCCGACCGAACAGAAGAUGCUCCUCUUUGUCAGAUGUGUCAUGAAUUACUUUUGCAAUUGGUAGAGGAUCUUCCUAUUAAUGACCAAGAAAAAUCAAUGAUGCUCUAUUCUCAAUAUAUACUAAACAGGAAACAAAAAGAUGAACAAUUUGAGGUUGACCCAUCAAAACCUACAAGUGACAAUGAUCGAGCAAUUUUAAUCAAUUCUGAAGCAGCCGCAUCUCAAAUAUUGAUGUCAUUAACAGUUCGUAAUCGUCGACAUGAGCAUGAAUAUAGUGCUGAAAUCCUAUUUAAAAAAAUAAUCAAAUAUUGUAGACAGCAUAAUACACAUUUUGUCGACGAUCGGUUUCCUCCAACACGUCAAUCCAUUGGAUUCGGUUCAUUCAAUCAAGUUUCACAAUGGCUACGAAUAUCAAAUGUUGCACCAUCAUCUGAAAGUGAUCGUAAAUUACCAUGGACAAUAUUUUCAUCACCUGGACCGAGUGAUAUCCAACAAGGCGCUUUAGGCAAUUGUUGGUUAGUAGCUGCUUUAGCUUUAGUUUCUGAACAGCCUCGUUUACUUCAUCACAUUCUUCUUACAAAAACAGUUAAUAGCGAAGGUGUUUAUCUAGUACGUAUUUGUCAUAAUGGUUUAUGGAAAACAAUUAUUGUUGAUGAUGUUUUUCCAUGUACAAAGCAUAAACAUCUUGUUUUUACUCAAGCCAAACGUCGUCAAUUGUAUGUUCCAUUAAUUGAAAAAGCAUGUGCUAAAUUAUUUGGUUCUUAUGCUGCUCUAAGAAGUGGAAAUAUACGUGAAGGUCUUCAAUUAUUGACAGGAGCAUCAUGUGAUUAUAUUGAUCUUAAACUAGCGGACACUGAACUUGAUAGUAAUGUCAUUUGGGUUCAACUUUUAUCUUCUUGUGAAGCAAAAUUAUUGAUUGGAGUAUCAUCAGGUGGAACUGGUGUAAGCUCAGAAGAAUAUGCUCGUGUUCGUAUUCAUAAUAAUCAUGCAUUUUCUGUUCUUGCUGCUCAUGCAUUCGAUAGUCAAUCAUUGAGAUUUGUGCUUGUUCGUGAUCCUCAUUCUCAUUCAAAUUAUCGAGAAGAUUUUUUGACAGAGAAUAUUCUCAAACAAUUACGUUUAAUUAAUCCUGCGAAUCAUUCUACGGGUGCUUUUUGGAUAUCAUGGCCACGAUUUCUUCGUUAUUUUUCAUCAUUGACUAUUUCAACUUAUAACAGUGAUUAUUUUGAUAUACGUGAACAAAGUAAAUUUACUCGAUCAUCUAUCCACUAUGUAACAUCUUAUCAUUUUCAUUUACCGAAGCCAUCGUGGAUUAAUAUAAGUUUGAUACAUCAUCAUCGUGAUCGAACAACACGUAGUUCUCAUACUCAGUCAUUUGUUUUGUGCGAUGUUGAUGAAUUAGCAGCAAAUGGUACUAUUGGCAAACGUAAAAGCAUAUUGAUAUGUAAACUUGGAGGCCAUACAUAUUGGUCAGGGUUACUAGAAGAGGGCAAUUAUGUACUUGUACCUUUCUCAAUUAGUUUCUGGCAAAAUGAUAAAGGAAAUAGAAAUUUUACUGUUGUCAUACAUUCACGUGUUCAAUUGAGUUUAACUGUGAAGCAUAAACCACCAACAUUUCUCACUGAUUGCUUAAUUUCAGCCGUUAUAAAAGAUUCCAAAAAGAAACAGGUCUACGCUAUCUUUUAUUCAACAUCAGGUAAAUCAGGAUUAAAUGUAUUUAUCGUCGAGAAUUUAUCGAUAAAAGAUUACCUAAAUGUUGACAUGGAUAUUCAAAAUGCAAGAAAUGUUCAACAUUCUCGUCAUCUUGAUUUUUCUGAUAGAAUUCAUGAUUGUAUACCACCACGAUAUCGUCAAGUGAUAUGUAUUACAGAGUGGCUUGAUAGACCUCGGGAAUCGUCUCGUUUUAAUUAUUCGUAUUCGUACAUGCAUGAAAAACAAGCGACUAAUCCAAGACCACCAAUUGAUACUUCUCGAUACGAUUUUCAUUCACCACGAGCUUUUUAA